AUGAUGGUCGCAAACAUACCAAGAUCUGCUCUGAAGUUUUAUUUAGUGCUUGUUUUAACGAUUAGAUUUAAAUACUGCUUCAAUAAGGCUACAGAAUAUGACCACAAUUACUGCUCUAUAUCGUUCUUUGCCAGAAAGCGUGUCGACAAUGGUAGACCACGAUGUUACCAUAAUAACAUUUUAUUCACUCCAUGGACGCUGUGA